GAUAAAAGAUACAAAGAUAAUUGGUCUCUGAUUACGACACAUCGACCAAAUAGAUAUAAUUAAUCGUAUAUAAGAAGAAAUAAAAGAAUACCGUACAGAUUUACAAGAUGACUGUUGGCAAACUAUACGGCACGUUUGUCCUGCUGUUAUACCUACAGGAAAACUACGCGCAACAAGGCUUGAAUAACAAUCAAAAUGUUGGUGUUAAUAGUGGUCUCGGAUUCCAACAACAGCCGCCGCAGCGGACGAACGCAUUAAAUAACGCCAACCAGAUACCGACCGGAGGAUUAAACAUAAACGUGCUACAAGGUAAUUUGCAACAAGCCAACGGUGGGAAUAUACAGCAGCAGCUGAGUCUCCCAGCCAAUUUGCAGCCGCAAGCGGGAUCCGGGUCACUUGCUAACGUACAGUUUAACAAACAAGGACUGGCUCAGUUACCUCCAGGACUUGCUUUCAAUCCAACUCGAUCACAGGCUAACUGCCCGCAGAUCAAUAACGUUUGCAACCAAAAUACUCCACCGCCGCAACAACCAAACAAUGUAAACACUCCUUUCCCUAAUUCUCUCGCCGAAUUAGCCGCACUUAAGGGCCCUUCUCUAUUAUCCCUUUUUGCAUCUCAAAUUAAUGGCCAGCCUCAACAAAACCAACAAAUGGCAAACUUUAGUCCUGUUCAGAAUCAGUUGACGGACAUACAGAAACAGAUAUUGGCUCGUGCUAUUCAGGGGCCAAGUCCUUGUAAUAUGGCUCAACAACGACCUGUGGUGGAAAAUAGACCAACUGUCACCGUACAAGGACUGCCGGUGACGCAGCAGCCUCAAGCUAUUGUGACUCCAGUUGGCCAGCUACCUUACACAGCAGUGCAGGCCCAGCUGCUGCCAGCAUACAUCCAGAAUCAGCCAGUACCAGUGACAGUAGUGGAAGAACCUUCAGCGUUAUCCUUCAUCUUAUCCGAUACGCAACCAGACGCUCAAUACUUCUACCCUCCUUACCAAGUACAGAAGAGGGAGUCGAAAUCUAACCUCAAAUCUUUGAUACCGUUGAUAAUAGAUCUGUUGAAAGAGAAGAAUGCGUGUGGCUGCCGGAAUUGUGGGUGUCCCAACAAUGGGAUUGGGAACAGUAUAGCAGAGCCAACAAUCUUUGGUGGUUACUCCAAUGUAGGGGAUAAUAAAGCAGCAGAAAAUAAGAAAAGAGAUGAUGAAGAUGAAGAAGGUAAAAAAGAGAGUAAAGGAAAGAAGAGUUUGAAGAAGAAUGUCAUAAAUGACGAGAGUGAAGAGGGUUCAGAGGAAAAUGACUCCGACUAUGAGGACGAUAGCACUGGUGAUUAAAAUUUUGUGAACAAACAAAACUCAGAACUUUAUUAAGAUGUAGUUUUAAAAUAAGACUUUUGUAUGUGAUAAUAUGUAAAUUAAAUACAAACAAAUGAUAAUAAUUUAUUAUAGUAUAGGAGACAUUAUUGAAAUGAGAAUUCG